AUGGCCAUGAUGUUCUUCCUCAUCUCUGCGAUGUUGCACCUUGGACACGCUUCCGCCCUGCCCCAUCUUCACAGCCGACAGGCUACCUUUGAGAGACCUGCACAAGCUCCUUACGCCUUCAACGAUACGGUCGAAUAUGUCAAGCAGGUGGUGGCUGCAACUGUCGCAGCUGAACAGGACCUCAUCCAGGACAUUUUGAAGUGUGUGGAUAUCACCAAUGCCACCUUUGAGAACACGAUUCUGCCAUAUCUUCAGUUUGACAGCGUCCGAAAUGCACAAUUGCAACCUUUCUACGUCUAUGAUGAUGCCUCGGACAUCGGGGGUAUCGCGAGCGACAUCGACGCCAACGCCACGAGUGAGACGACGAAGACAUUUACGAACGCCGAUUAUUUCCUUUUAGUCGACCAUAUCUACCAGGCCAACUUGGACGACAAAUCAGCCCUGAGCGAAGAGAACCAACUCAUGCUGGUUUCAUUCUGGAAUGCAUUCGCCAGCAGUGGAUUAAACAUUCCUGCCGGCACCCAGCGCGAUUAG